AUGUUUGACGAUGCUAAUGGUAAUGCGAAUAAUGUGCAGGAAUAUGCUGCACGAACUGGUUUAGAAGCAAUUUCUGUUCCCCAUACUGUCACCGUCGAGAAACAUGAAUCUCCCGUACCACCUGCCCGACGCAAGCGUUCCAAAGAACCGGUGCAGUCCUCAUCCUCAUCCUCGCCCAUGAAAACGCGCACUCAACUGCAUGCGCCUAAAAACUUAAAUUUGAACGUAUCCGCUACUGCUGGCCCAGCAUCGCAUUCCGGCGCCAGUCCCAUGGAGCAUGCAGAAAGUCCGAAGUUGGCAAAAGAAUUGCACCCAACUCCAUCCAAAUUCACGGACAGCUCUCCGAAAAUUCCAUGUGAAACCCGACCCCGGACUGCUGACAAAACCCGCUCCAAAAAAUCAACUUCUCGUAUGGACAACUCCUCAGAACCGGUUAGUCCGACCGGUAACGGCUUGCCCCCAUUGCCUGAUAUCACGGAAAAUCUGGAAGAGUUUGUUCUGCGACCGGCUCCCCAGGGUGUUACAAUUCGAUGUCGUAUCAGUCGAGACAAACGGGGCAUGGAUCGCGGUCUUUUUCCCACCUACUACCUCCACAUGGAACGUGAAGAUCGGAAAUUCUUUCUCCUGGCUGCUCGUAGACGAAAGCGGUCCACCACGAGCAAUUAUGUGAUCUCCUGUGACGCGACCGACUUGUCCCGUGCGGCCGAAAGCUUUGCUGGCAAACUGCGCUCGAAUUUUCUUGGCACACAGUUUGUCCUGUAUGCGGGUGGGAAACGUGUGCGUCGUGGAGAUAUGUCCGCACCCAAUCGAUCAAGGGCCAGUAUUCGCUCGACAGACAGUGAAGCAUUUGAGAAUGGCAGUCUGGUCGGAUCGGAAACACUUCGAGAACUAGCUGCAAUCGUCUAUAAGUUGGUUCCGUUGCCUGGUGAGGAUGAGGAGUGUCAUGAUGUUACUGUCAAUUUAACUGGCAUACUCCUUGAUCCACAAUACAAGGCGCAAACGUUGGACACAAAUGUACUCGGUUUUAAAGGUCCACGACGAAUGACUGUUCUUCUUCCUCGAAUGACAUCCACAGAACAGCACACGGAAUUCGGGACCGGAACGGCCCGAGGUACAUUGCUUGACUGCUGGAAACAGAAGUCAUGGGACGGUUUGAUGGAACUUCACAACAAGAGCCCGGUUUGGAAUGAAGGCACUUUGGAGCACAUUCCCUAA